AUUGGCUCAGUAAAUAGGUUAGUGGCCCGCUAGUUAUUAGAUUGAGAGGAAAGUAGGUCACAGCGAAUGAAGCAGAAACUGCCCAGCUCCGUCCAUAUUCGCUUCAUCAUACAUGUGCUUUUCUGCCUUUUCAUGUCCAGUGCCUGUUCGUGUAUUUCAGCAGAAGCCAGUGCUGUGACGAGACAGCUGUUCUCUGAGAGGAGGAUCGCGUCAGACAGCCUCAGGAAAUGGUGAAGGUAGAGCAGCCCUCGUCUAUCUCUGUGAUGAUCUAAUGGCAGACCAAAGAAUGGACAUCUCCUCCACAAUGAAUGAGUUCAUGUCCAGUUCCACUGACCUGAUCAGCAGCUCCAUGGGAACGCCAGGCAUGGACUACAGUCGCAAGAGGAAGGGCAGCAUCACCGACUAUCAAAUCGAUGGAUAUUCUUUUGAGGACAAUAUGGACACAGACAAGGACAAACAACUUGGAAGGGUCGAUCACCAGAUUAAGAAUGCAAGCAGGGAGGCUCACAGUCAGAUAGAGAAGAGACGCAGAGAUAAAAUGAACAGCUUUAUUGAUGAGCUGGCUUCAUUAGUGCCUACCUGCAACGCCAUGUCCCGCAAGCUGGACAAACUCACUGUGCUGCGCAUGGCGGUCCAGCAUAUGAAAACACUUCGAGGUGCUGCAAACCCUUAUACUGAAGCUAACUACAAGCCAGACUUUUUAUCAGACGAUGAGCUGAAGCACUUAAUAUUAAGGGCUGCUGAUGGUUUUCUAUUCGUUGUGGGCUGUGAUCGGGGGAAGAUCCUUUUUGUAUCAGAGUCUGUCUACAAAAUUCUAAAUUACAGUCAGAAUGACCUGAUUGGCCAGAGUUUGUUUGAUUAUUUGCAUCCUAAAGACAUUGCAAAAGUCAAAGAGCAGCUCUCGUCAUCUGACACAGCACCACGGGAGAGACUCAUUGAUGCUAAAACUGGGCUGCGAGUCAGGACAGACAUUGCCCCUAGUCCCUCCAGAUUGUGCUCGGGGGCCAGACGCUCCUUCUUCUGCAGAAUGAAGUGCAACAGGUCCCUUGUCAAAAUGGAGGAAAAAGAUUUUUCCUCGACUUGCUCCAAAAAGAAUGCCGAUCGCAAGAGCUUCUGCACCAUCCACAGCACUGGAUAUCUGAAGAGCUGGCCGCCAACUAAGAUGGGCUUAGAUGAAGACAAUGAGCCUGAUAACGAAGGCUGUAAUCUCAGCUGCUUAGUGGCCAUUGGCCGAUUACAUCCUCAUAUUGUCCCGCAACCUAUGAAUGGAGACAUCCGGGUGAAGCCGACAGAGUAUGUCUCGCGCCAUGCCAUUGAUGGGAAGUUUGUCUUUGUGGACCAAAGGGCCACGGCCAUUCUUGCUUAUCUACCUCAAGAGCUGCUGGGCACGUCUUUCUAUGAGUAUUUCCAUCAGGAUGACAUCGGACAUCUUGCUGAAUGCCAUAGACAGGUACUCCAGAUGAGAGAGAAGAUCAACACUAACUGUUACAAUUUCAAGAUUAAAGAUGGCUCUUUUAUAACUUUAAGAAGUCGCUGGUUCAGUUUCAUGAACCCUUGGACCAAAGAAGUAGAAUACAUUGUCUCAACUAAUACAGUCGUCUCGGGAAGUUCACUUGAGGGAGCAGAGCCUCACUAUCCUCAGCUCACUGCCUCCCCCCAGAGUAUGGACAGUGUCCUUACAGCCGGUGACGGAUCAGGGAAGACUGUCCCUGGAAUACCUGGAGGCACAAGACCCGGAGCAGGAAAGAUCGGACGCAUGAUCGCGGAGGAAGUGAUGGAGAUCCAAAGGAUAAGAGGCUCAUCCCCCUCUAGCUGUGGCUCGAGCCCCCUCAACAUCACCAACAGCACACCCCCUCCUGAUACAUCGUCCCCUGGGGGCAGGAAGAUUUCAAAUGGUGGAACUCCAGACAUUCCCUCUGCAGGGAUGGUGUCAGGCCAGGACAGCAUAGGCUAUCCUUACUCUAACAGCUCUAUUUUAAGUGACAAUUCACACAUUGGUAUCGGUGACAUCAUGGACGAGCCGGGCUCCAGCAGCCCCAGUAAUGAUGAGGCUGCCAUGGCGAUCAUCAUGAGUCUGCUGGAGGCCGACGCAGGCCUGGGAGGUCCCGUGGACUUCAGCGACCUGCCCUGGCCGCUGUGAGAAGCUAUAAUGUGUACAACCUGACAUACUGUAUCCAUCUCGUUUGUGUUCGAACCAGCCAUGACUUUGAUAAUCAAUGUGUGGACAGGUUUUUUUUUUUUUUUUUGGUGACGUUACGUUUGUUUUUGUCACAAUGCCUCAGGUAGCUCCGCCCAUAGCAAAGUCUCAUUGGUCCACAACCCCAUUCCACAGCUGUAUAAUCCAACGUGUCAAAGAAGUGAUCUUGUCACUAUUUCAC